AUGACUGCAUCUUUACCAUAUACUAUCGAAAAACCAUUCAAAGUAGCAAUCAUCGGUUCUGGCAACUGGGGUACUGCUGUUGCCAAGUUGGUUGCUGAAAACACCGCUGAAAAGCCAGAAAUUUUCGAAAAGGAUGUACAAAUGUGGGUCUUCCAAGAAGACAUUGAUGGUAGAAAAUUGACUGAUAUAAUAAAUCAAGAUCAUGAAAAUGUCAAGUAUUUACCAGGAAUCCAAUUACCAUCCAAUUUGAUUGCUAACCCAGAUAUCGUUGAUACCGUCAAAGACGCUGAUUUAUUGGUAUUCAACAUUCCUCAUCAAUUCCUUGGUAGAGUCAACAAGCAAUUGAAAGGUCACGUCAAACCAAGUGCUAGAGCUAUUUCUUGUUUGAAAGGUUUAGAGGUUGACCCAGAAGGUUGCAAAUUGCUUUCAACUUCAGUCACCGACGACUUGGGUCUCUAUUGUGGUGUCUUGUCUGGUGCUAACAUUGCUACUGAAGUGGCUAAAGGAAACUGGUCAGAGACAUCAGUCGCUUACACCAGACCUAGCGAUUUCAAAGGUGAGGGUAAAGAUAUUGAUGAAUACGUAUUAAAGGAAGUAUUCCACAGACCAUACUUUCACGUUAGAGUUAUACAAGAUGUUGUUGGUGCUUCAAUUGCAGGUGCCUUGAAGAAUGUUGUUGCUUGUGCAGUUGGUUUUGUCAUUGGUGCUGGUUGGGGUGACAAUGCCAAGGCAGCAAUUAUGAGAAUUGGUAUUAGGGAAAUCAUUCACUUUGCUUCAUACUGGCAAAAAUUCGGUAUCAAAGGUUUGGCUCCACCAAAUCCAUCUACAUUUACUGAAGAAAGUGCCGGUGUUGCUGACUUGAUCACAACUUGUGCUGGAGGUAGAAAUGUCAAAGUGGCAAGAUAUAUGAUUGAGCACAAUGUUGAUGCUUGGGAGGCGGAAAAGAUUGUAUUGAAGGGACAGAGUUCUCAAGGUAUUCUCACCGCUAAAGAAGUUCAUGAAUUGUUGGAGCACUUUAAAUUGCAAGAUGAAUUUCCAUUGCUUGAAGCUACUUAUAAAAUUAUCUAUGAAGGUGGUAAAGUAGAUGAUUAUCCAGAGAUCUUGAACAAUGAUUAG